AUGACAUGCAGAGAAGCCGACAGAAGGGGAAGCAACGGUGGGGGCAGGAUAUACGACGUAUCAUUGGCUCGUUCUGCGUUAGUCAGCCGAUACUCCGUCUCGUCGGAGAUUCCACGGGUUAUUGAUGACUUUGAGUCCCUCCUCCUUGACAGUCCGGUCCGACUUCGUGAUGGAUCAUCUGCAUGGUUCGAGGUUACGCGGAUUCAUAUCUGCACGUAUCCAGAUCAUUCAUUCGGCGGUCUCCUUGAUGCUCAACAGAUGAACCAUGCCGUCCGCUAUACGAUAUCGCAAUCUUCUACGAAGUUGGCUUGUCUGCAGAUAGCGGCGGAUACGUACCACAGAGUAUACUUACUACGAGUAGGUAUAAAUGGGCCGGAUCGGUGA